AUGUUGUCUCUUGGAAUAUUGAACGACUCCCCCACCAAAUUCAACAAGGAUAUCUUGAACAUUAAGCUCAAUGUGUUCAAGUUUUUGAACACGAUCUUCUACAGCAAGGAUAAGCUUUUCCCACCGUUAAAUAGGGCUAGCUUUCCAGGAUUGGUCAGUAGAGGGGCCGUGGCAUGUGCGGCCGAUGAUUUGGAACUUUUCAGCACCAAUACAUUUGAUUUCAGCUAUGAGUUAGGAACCGCAAACUACAAUUCCAACGCUUGUUUCGACAAUAAUUUACUGGCAUUCAAAUACGGUGCCGGAGAAGAGAAACAGAAACCCGAAAGGUAUCCUUCGUUAGAAGAACCGUACGAGUUUUACUCUUCAAGUGAAGGGUUCGUAAGUCCUGAGGAGGACGAUUCGUGGAAAAGCGGCUUCAAAAAGAGAAAACACGAAGAAGAUGCUUCUAAUACGUCUUCGGAAGCUGCUACCAACAUCAGAUUUCAGUAUGAUAUGGAUCCGUUGUCAUACAAUAAUCUGUCGCUCUACGAUGUUGAUCGUUUAUUUAACGAUUUGAUCCAAGAUUUACCCAAACCACAGCCAUAUCACCACGACCAGUCUUCCCAUCAGCUAAUGUCUUCAGUUUCACAACCCUCAAAUCACACUUUGCAUUCUAUUCCAGACUUUGCUACUGAACAAACUAAUUCGCCCACAGGGAAGAAGCUUCAAUCUCAACCUAAAUAUAAUGAGGGAACUACGAAUAAUAAAGACGACGAUUUAUUGAAACAUAAAUGUCCGCAUUGCGAGGCCAAUUUCAAGGUCAAGGGAUAUUUAACCCGUCAUGUUAAGAAGCACAACUCAUUAAAAGCAUUCAAAUGUCCGUUCUAUAAAGAUCCUGGUAACGAAGCAACCGGCACAAAAUGUCACCCUACAGGUGGCUUCUCUAGAAGGGAUACUUAUAAGACCCAUUUAAAAGCUUUACAUUUUAUUUACCCUCCCGGAACCAAAUCAAGCGAAAGAAGCUCGGUCAGUGGUCGCUGUGCGGGAUGUUUCCAGUAUUUUGAAAAUAAUAUGAAAUGGUUAGAUACCCAUAUCGAAAACGGUCACGGCUGCCAAGGGUCAGCUAAGGAUGAAUUGAAAGAAGAGUUUUAA